CUCCUCUUUCCCCGUUCCACAAGCAGCCCACUGCAACACAUCAACAGAAAGCAGAAGCAAUUGAGCUCCAACCAUGAAGCCAGCCAUCAUCUCCCUGUGCCUCUUCUUGUCUCUGCUGCACUAUUCGACAGCCCAGAGCUGUGUCAGCGAGACCUUCUCCGGCAACAGGCUCUACUCCUCCUGCAACUCCCUCCCCUACCUUGGUGCCUCCCUCCACUGGAACUACCACUCUUCCAAUGGAACGGUAGACGUCGCCUACCGCGCGCCGGAGUCAUCCUCCGGCUGGGUCGCGUGGGCCGUCAAUCCCACCGGCAGCGGCAUGAUCGGAGCCAACGCCUUCCUCGCCUUUCCGGGCUCCAACGGCGCCGUCACGGUGUACACCACCAAGUUCUCUGGCUACAACGUGGAGGCGAGCGACGUGAAGGACGAGAACCUGAGCUUCCCGGUGUACAGCAAGCAGGCGGAGUACGCGAACGGGUACUACACCAUCUUCGCCACGCUGGAGCUACCCAACAACAGCACGAAGCUGAACACGGCGUGGCAGGCGUCGACGCAAUUGCAGAACGGCGUGCCCAACGGCCACCCGGCCGGCGACAACUUGUUGUCUAAGAACAACCUGGAUUUCCUCUCCGGCGAGGCGGGUUCCGCCGGAGGCAAUUCGAGGCUGCGCCGCAAGAACAUCCACGGCGUGUUGAAUGCAAUCGGCUGGGGAAUUCUGAUGCCCAUUGGAGCCAUCAUGGCGAGGCACGUGAAGGUGUUCAAAGCAGCAGACCCUGCCUGGUUCUAUCUCCAUGUUGCUUGCCAAUGCUCGGCAUACAUCAUUGGGAUCUCAGGAUGGGGCCUUGGCCUCAAGCUCGGCAGCGAGUCCGUUGGAAUCACGUACCACAAGCACAGAGACAUCGCAAUUGCCCUCUUCUGCCUAGCAACAGUACAGGUGUUUGCAUUGCUUCUGAGGCCGAACAAGGAGCACAAGUACAGGAUAUACUGGAAUGUGUACCACCACUCGGUUGGAUACUGCAUCAUAAUCUUGAGUAUUGUGAACAUAUUCGAAGGAUUUGACAUCUUGGAUCCUGCAAAGAAGUGGAAGCACGCCUACAUCGGUGUCAUCGCGACGCUCGGCGGCGUCGCACUGGUUCUGGAAGCUGUGACAUGGCCUAUAGUUCUAAGGCGGAGGUCGAGGAGCUCGGAGAAGUCCCACCAUGGUGUUAAUGGUGCAAAUGGAUAUGGUGUGAGGCAACACCAGGUAGUGUAGAUGAUGCUGAGGCUUGUUAUGUAGGGCAUCACUUGGAUAUCUGUAUUGUAGCCACAUAUUAAUUUAUUUGUUGGAACAGAGAGAUCGGAUGGCCU